AUGAUGGGCUCUAACGCCCAGGGCCCAGCCUUCUCUUCGCUGCCGAAUUCAUCACCCGCGAUGGCAAUGAAUUCGGCAGCCGCAGCCGCAGCCUCAUCCUUCUAUCGAAACCUAGAAAUGCUGGAGGAUGAACCACUCUAUGUCAAUGCAAAGCAGUAUCAUCGCAUCCUCAAGCGUCGCGAUGCGCGCACACGCUUCGAAGCGCAGGUUGCCAAGCUUAAAAGAACAAAGAAACCGUACAUGCACGAAUCACGCCACAAGCAUGCCAUGCGGCGGCCGCGGGGCCCUGGAGGCCGCUUUCUGACCGCAUCUGAGAUUCAAGCGAUGAGAGAUGGAGAUUCUCCACCACGUACUACACGUGGCGAAGCUGCAAAAGCUCCGGUGCCGCUAGGCGCCUCUUCGCCAGAUGAGACCACCAAGAGCUAUGGAGAACCGCUUGUCCGGCCUGCUACCCGCGUCUAA